AUGAAGUUCACCAUCAUCGCCGCUACCCUGCUCGCGUCUGUGGUUUCCGCCAGACAGUUCGUUCUCUACGAUGACAUCAACUACGGCGGAACCGGCAACGCCGAGAACCAGCCCGACGAGGCCAGAUGCUGGAACCUUAACGGCAGAGGCGACAAAGCCAGCUCUGUGACCGGCGGCGCCGGCUGCAGCACCUUCUUCCAACAGCGCGACUGCCAGGGAAGCAGCUGGCAACAACGUGGCAACGCGCCCACCGUUCCCGCUUUCCUGAACGACCACAUUUGGUCUUUCAUGAACCGCUGCUAG